CUUGCGCAGCUUCAAAAUGGCGACAGCAGUUCGAGGGUCAACAUGGGCUUGAUAAACAUGUUUUGUUUAUCGGACGCGAAGAAAUUUCGGGGAUAAGCAGAUUACGGCUUUUUUGAGGAUGCUGCUCAAGUGCUGUGGUGGUUUGGUUCUUUUUUUGAGCGCGGCAAUCUCGGUGGCAGACUCCAGCGAGCAGCAGCAGCAUAGGACCAAAGCAGCCACAGAGAAACAGCACGACCUGUGGUGUUACCGCUGCGACACCAUGGUUGAUGGUGACAGAUGCUUGGAUUUGGUCGGCAAUCACUCAUACAUGCACACGAAGUGCCAUAAAGAGCAGAAAAAGUGUCAGGUGCGGAGGAUUUCCAUGUCCACUAGCACGGACGAAAUCACCGGAAAACCAAAAAUGUGGCUUCUCCAAAGGAAUUGUUCGGAGAUUUGCGAACCCGGGUGCAUAAUCAUCGGUGAAAGAACAAAGUUACAUUCCUGCAUCACGUGUUGCGACGAAAAAAAUUUCUGUAAUGCUGGAAGUGGAGCCGAAAGUUUCACAUCGUUUCAAAGAACUUUUUCUAUUGUGACUUUUAUUGUUCUACAAUACAGUCUUAAUAUAGUCGACCGUUCAUGACAUUCUUUGAACAGUUAACGAUAAGACGGUUAUUAAGUUUCUCAAAUUUAUACAAACUUGUUUUGCCAACAUUGUAAGUGUUUGCAGAGUAAAGGAGUUUUAACUCGCACAAAUUCGUAGUAAUGCCAGUCCUAGGUGGAAAUUGAUUUAAUUAAUUAUCCAAGUUAUGGCAGCAAGUUUACGUUCUGACGGCUUAAACUUGCAUGUCGAUGAGUGAGCAACAGCAGGGGAAGCAAAUCUAAAGCCGACUUAUGCCCUAAGAAAUUUAGCAAAGCAGCAUUGCGUACCAUUUAUUCGGGUUGCUGCUAUUUACGACGAAAUCUCAACUGAAUUAUACUAUACUUUCCACAAUUAUAAUUAAAUACUUUGAAUAGAAAAAUGCAAAUAAAACGAAAGCACAAAAAAUGCAAUAAUAAUUGUAUGUGUUUCAAUUUUGUUUAAAAUUUAAGUUGUUAACCUUAUAGAGAAAACAGAACUACCGUAAUUGGAAAUCUAGCAAAACGUGAACAAGUUAUGUAAGUUUAACACAACUGAAAAUAUAUGUAUGUACCUAAUAAUAAAUAAAUGCCGAAACGUUGGCCUUAAAAAGAGUAAAUGUCAUUUACUCCUUGCGUCCAAGAAA